AUGAGCACCAGGCAGGAGGCCAGGAGAGAUGAAGGAGACACCAGGAGGGGACAGGAGGCAGAGCUUCGGGACCGAGCCCACCUGAGCCAGCAGCGCCGACUCAAACAGGCCACCCAGUUUCUGCACAAGGACUCUGCUGACCUGCUGCCCCUGGACGGCCUCAAGAGGCUCGGCACCUCCAAGGACUUGCAGCCGCACAGCGUGAUCCAAAGACGCCUGGUGGAGGGAAGCCAGAGUCGGCUCCAGGGGGAGUCUCCCCUGGUGCAGGCCCUGAUUCAUGGCCAGGAGAGCAGGAGGAAGACCAGUAGGACAGAGACCCCAGCUCUUCUGGUCAACUGCAAGUGCCGGGACCAGCUGCUCAGAGUGGCCGUGGACACAGGCACCCAGCACAAUCGGAUCUCCGCUGGAUGCCUCAGCCGCCUGGGGUUAGGGACGAGGGUCCUAAAAGCCCCAGGUGGGGACCUGACUCCUGGGCCCCCGACCCAGGUGGAGCAGCUGGAGCUACAGCUGGGGCAGGAGACUGUGGCAUGCUCGGCCCAGGUGGUGGAUGUCCAGAGCCCUGAGCUCUGUCUUGGACUGCAGACUCUGCUUUCUCUCAAGUGCUGCAUCGACCUGGAACACGGAGUGCUGCGGCUGAAAGCCCCAUUCUCAGAGCUGCCCUUCCUGCCUGUGUACCAAGAGCCCAGCCAGUGACCACAGUCCCAGUCAGUCCCCAGGGGAAAUGCUGUGCCUUGGAGAAAGAGCCGUGUGGGGAACAGGAGCAUUACUGGAGCCGGGUAGCUGGGGACUACUGUGUCUGUCCCUUUUAUCACCACCUGACCCCUGCUGUCCCACUUCUCUUGGUCGGCCACUUUCUUCUCUGCUUCUCAGCAGCUGUCCUACCUCCUAGGAGUUUUCACUAGAGGGCC